GCGCGUUUUGGUUCUAUGAGCGCAGAAAAUUGUGAUGUAAAAAAGAGAAGAAUAAAUGUUUGUUGAUCAUCAUGGCGAAUCCUAGGAAAUUUAGUGAAAAAAUUGCACUGCAUAAUCAAAAGCAGGCCGAGGAAACGGCCGCCUUUGAAAAGAUUAUGCGAGAAGUUUCCGACGCAACCAACAAGCCUGAAGAUGCGAUAGCCACACAGUACCUCGGCGGUCGGAGUGGGGGGACCUCUCCCGCCCCGCGCUCGCCUGUCCAGAGGGGCCGUGCCUCCUCCUCAGUUGGGCCCAUGAGAAGGCCCGCAGACAGAAAACAUGACACUAGUCCAUACGGAAGCUCGGCUUACUUAAGUCCACCUGACAGCAACUGGCGGCGGACGAACUCGGAUUCGGCGCUGCAUCAGUCGUGCGGGGAGCAGCAGCAGCCGAGCCAGUUGUCGCCGCACCACCCGCUCCACUCCCACGCCCACCCCCACGCGCCGCACCAGAACCACCGCCGCGGUGAGUAUCACUACCACCACCGCGGUGAGUACCAACACCAUGCUGGAAACAUUCACUUAGACGUGCUGGCAACACUGGGCAUGAACCCGACGAAUCGUCCGCGGUCGUCGUGCGAAAUUCCUCGAAUACCCAACAACAACAAUGUAUACGAGAGCGGGGGGGACGGCGGGGGCGGCGGCGGCACGGGGCUCAGCUGCGACCUGCAGGUGCCCGGUGGCUCCCUGCCCGACCUCACCGCGCUGCACUUCCCCUCGCCCUACAUGCGCGCCAGCCCGCCGUACCAGCCCAGAUAUCAAAGUCCGACGUCGCCGGGUGGCGUGUCCCCGGGGGGCGUGUCCCCCGGUGGCGGCAGCGUGUCCCCUGCGACGGGGGGCCUGUCCCCCGGCUCCGGCUCGCCCGUCGGCGCCACCGUCCCACUCGGCCUCCACCACGACCACACACUCUAUGACACACAGAAUCACUUAUCUGUACCAAACACAAAUAAUUACCCACAUCAUAAGAACAUGUCCCCGCUGGACCACACGUGGAUGUCGUCGUACCAGCCGUGCAGUCCGCCCUCACAAUACUCAUCCACGUCCAACAUCAACAUACCUUCGCCCACGAUGGUGCACAGUCCGGGCAGUCCGGUGGAGUCGCCGCAGGACUACAACAACCUGCACCAGGCGCUGCUGCAGCCCUUCGAGCAGAUCACCAUGCUGGACCAGCCGUCGUCGAACUACAACACCAACUACCACAACCACAGUUCCCCCCACUCGCCGCAAACGAGCUCACCGCACACAUAUUCACAGGCGCACGUGUCACACUCGUCGCACGUGUCGCACGUGGCGCACGAGGCGCGGAUCUCGCACGCACGCGCGCCGAGCGAGCGGCCGCGCGACCCCGUGCCCGCGUACACGGCGCUCCGCCCGCUGUCGCCGCCCCACCCGCCCACGCCCAACACGCCCGCCUCUAUACCGGACAUCAUCCUCACAGAUUACUCCGGCGACCUGGACGCGGGCAUAUUCGGCGGGGAGGAGGCGCAGCUGCGGGCCGGCCUCGACCUCGACGAGCUGACACUGUUAGAGGAGCCGAGCGCCUUGCUGCCGGACUCCGCCGUCGAGCACGAGUUCCGCCUCGACCGCCUCGACGGCUUGUAGCGCGGUAACACGCCCCGCCCACCCCGCCCGAGCGAGCGGGACAGCAUGCCCGAAGAAAACACGCGCGAGCGAGACAGCAUGCGCAGAGAAAGCACGUGCGAGCGGGACAGCAUGCGCGAAGAACGCACGUGCGAGCGAGACGCUCUCCGCUCCGCCGGCAUUUGAUCCCCGCCCCGCUCGGGCGCGAGGCGACUCCCUAUACUUCAUGACAAUUUCUAUCGUUUCAAGUCUGAGUUAGUGAUUAUAGUGUAGCCGUCGUUUAGUUUGUAAGCAGGCGUGGGGACGACGGCGAUACGUCACAUUCCCGGCGUGCGCGUUGCGGGCGCGCCCGCUAGCGUUGCGUGCGUAGGUGCGGGUGCGCCCGCUCGGGCGGUGCGUGCGCGACUGCGUACACGCCCGCUCCGGCGUCGCACGAUCACGAUCUGAGCUGACAGGCUGUAACUUUGACAGUGCAAGUGUUCAUUGUGGUUUUAAAUGUUUUACUCAUAUUUUCGAUUCGAAGGGAUAGGUAUGUUUUAGAUUUAAAUUUUUUUAAUGAUCGUCGAUGGAAAUCGCCGAUCGAUUCGUGUACAGAAUUAAGUGAUUAUUUUUUAUUAAGUAUUGUGAAUAUGUACUCGAAUAUCAUCGGAGAAUUUGAUUUCGGAAUUCUCGCCGUUCUCACCUUCGCCCCGCGACGGUGUCUUUGUAAAUAAUACUUGAAAGUGUUCACUUCGAAAGUUGCAUUUAAAUCGCUAAUCUUGCAUGCUAAAUUUUAAAGAAUUUUUUAUCUUUAAAUGGAGCGUGGAAAUAUUUUUCAUAUUUAAUACGAAUUUUUCUUAAGAUAUUCAAAUUUCUACUCGCAGUCGGCGAUCGCUCGGGCAUGGCUAAUUUCGUAAUAAAACUCUCGUAUAAUAGAAUAAGACUGCGGCUUGAGAGUAGCGGAGCGGAUGUCGUCUUCCGCUCCGCUAUGCUCAACCCUCCGUCUUUUUAU